AUGAAGCAGGCUGCAGCAUGCCGCUACAGCGCGGCCAUGAGCGCCGUGAUCCUGCUCCACCUCCUCCUCCUCCUCCUCCUGAGCAGCAGUGCGACGGCCGCAGUAGCAGCGUCGUCGUCGCCGCCGACGACCCUGCGUCCGGGCGGCGGCGGCGGCGGCGACAGCAAUGCGGCGGCGUCAUCGUCAUCGCAACAAGGCUGGGCACAGCGUCGUCGGGCCACGGCUGCCACAACCACCAGGAGGCUGCUGCGCGCGGCGGCGGGGGCUGCCAUGGCCACCAACACCUUCGAUGUCAAGGACCAUCGAACAGCGACGCCGACGACGACGACGACCAAGCCGAACGUGGAGUUCAACGCCAGCACGAAGAGCGCGCCGGCGAGCAGAUACAACCCCAGGCAGAAUUAG